UUAAGAAAUCAAAUAUUUUGAAAACCGCAAAACUAUAUUUUGACCUGUUCAAAACUUCCCACAGUGCAGUUUUCCGGCCGUACGGACACACCGGCAUGCCAGAUGAUAGAAAAAAUUGCAAACCGUUUUGAAAGCAAAUAGCACACUUCAAUAUGUAGCAGCGGCAGCAGAAGUCGGUAAUUCUCAAGAGCCUCAAUUUUUCUUUCGCUCAAUGUCUCGCAAGGUCGCUCCCCGGUGGGCUAUACUUUGUGGGGGUAGUCAGAGCUGGCAGAAUCCGCCGAUGGAACGCAAAAAUUGGAAAAUUAUGCAUUUUUUCGGCCCGAUUGCCGCACGUUCUUCGAACUUUAGCUCUAUUAGAAGUGACGAAGGCGACGACCGGUGCAAACUUCGAGAAGAAGACUUGGUUCGGUUGAUGGUAUAAAUAUUCUGCGAUGCACUACUAGUAGUGUCAGUUCAGUUGAAGUGUUCUACCAGAGUACACUACCCCCUCAGAGUUCAGCAGAGUCACUAGCAGCAGGAGAUCCAAAAUGUUCAAAGUCAUUGCAUUGGUUGCCUGUUUGGUCGUCGUCGUCUCCGCCGGAUACUACGAGCUGGAUCAUCAUGACUACUAUGCGUACCCCAAGUACAAGUUCGAGUACGGAGUGCAGGACCCCCACACCGGGGAUCACAAGAGCCAGUGGGAGCACCGGGAUGGCGAGGUCGUUGUUGGAUCGUACUCGCUGGACGAAGCUGACGGUACGCACCGGGUGGUGACCUACAACUCGGAUGACCACAACGGAUUCCAGGCCCACGUGCAGCGCGUUGGCCACGCUCAGCACCCGCACGGGGAGAGCUACUCGAACAUUGAUCAGCACCAUUGAGUGAUCAGGGAAUUCGUUGGAGGGAAGAAGCAGAAGAAGAAAUCUCAAAUUGCCACAUUAGAAUAAAAGUUCCUUGACUGUUCAUUAUUGUUUCACAGUGAAAUCUCCAAUGAAUUUGGAGACAAACCAUGCUUCGGUAACUGUCAAUAAAAAAACUGUAUUUACCAACUGUGUAAUUUAUUUCAUUUGAUUUGGUUUUUAUUUUUUGUAGCUUAUUCCAAUGAUUCCAAUGAAAUCUUUAGAAUUACAGUAAAAAAUAAAUCCAGGUUAUAAAAUUACCGACGCAAAAAAGAAAAAUAUUAAGCCAAGAUAAUAUGAAAUAGUUAAAGAUUAAAAGUUUAGAAAAUGUCUAAGCAAUCCUAAAAGCAAAAUGAAAGAAGAAAAACCAAAACAAAAGUUUAGAAAAAAAAUUAUAGGGCUUUAUUUUUAAACAUCUCAAAAUUGGGCAUAACAAAAU